AUGAAUGAGGGCGCAAAUAUGAAUAUAAAUUUUAAUUUUUCGGAUAUAUAUCCAAAAUGUAGAGAUGAUUUUAAGAGAGUAUAUGAUUAUCAGUACUUUUCUUUCAAGAAUUAUUUUUCAUCUGCUUGCAGUGAUUUUUGUAACAACCUGAACAUUAGAAGUAUAGUGCCCUUUAAUAGUGAAUGCCAAUAUCUAGGCGUUUAUUUAUAUAAUAUAGAUAAAAGGAAUAAGGAAAAAACGGAUUCCAAUUUUAAUUUAAGUGAUAGUUGUAAAUAUUUCUAUUACAAGCUAAAAGAACUUGUGAUGCGUUAUGGCGGUAACUGUCAUACAGCAAAAGAAUGUUAUGAUAGAAUGCUGAUUAAAAAUGAAAAAAAGAGUUACAAAGAACAUUUUUCAAAUAUAUGUAAGGAUAUGUAUAGUAAUCAUUAUCAUAACAAUAAGUUAAUUCAAACAUUGAAAAAAUUGGAAGAACAAUAUAAUUUAUAUGAUCAAUUAAGAAGUGCCACACAUCCAAGCUAUUGGGAUAUUUUAAAGUUAAAAGGUUAUAUUAAGUCGUUAGAAGAAUGUGAUUAUAAGAAUAAUGAUAGCUUUAAAGAUAUAUUAUCGAAUGUAAAAAAUAAUUAUGAAGUAUUUGAGAAUAGUUUAAAAGAUACACAACAUGGUAGAACAAUUUAUUAUUCAUAUCUCUAUCCUGAACCGAAAAUUACGAAGGUAAGCAGACCUACAGAGGUGACAGUUGCAGCGAGAGUAAUAGGAACACAAAAAAUAACAGAAGUAAAUGAAACGAAAGAGUUGUGGACGGACGCAGGUAUAGGCACAAAUGUUGUUAUUUUUGCUUGUUCAAUGUUAAUAAUUUUAUUCAUUCUAUAUAAGGUUAAAAAUAAAUUAUAUUUAUAUAAUGUAAUAAAAAAAUAUAUUACAUAUUAUAAUGAAGCAGUUAUAUCAUACCUAUUACAUAAUAACAAAAAUAAAGCAAUGACACUUUAUUUUCAGUACACACCUUUUGGUUCAUAUCUACAAAUAAGAGAAAAAAGGUUAAGAAAACAAAGGAAGAGAAAAAAUAAUGUAUAUACUAGAUUGAAUAAUUCAUAUAAAAGGAUAAACAAAGAAUUAAAAGACAAACAAUAUGAAAUAGCUUAUAGAUCAUUAUGA